AUGGCAGACAACAGCGUUAGUGUGUGCAUGGAACAGUGUGUGGUGAUGAAGUUUCUUGGGAACGAAGGUGUAAAACCCAUAGAUAUCUACAAAGGACUUCAAGCACAGUUCAGUGAUGAGAUUUGAAUGGUGUAAAUGUUUCAAAGAUAGCCGCACGUCCAUCAGUGACAAUCCCAGCCAUGGUGGUUCCCAACCCACAGCAGUCAUUGCUGUGAACAUUCAGCACAUGGAAUGCCUGAUCCUGGAUAAUCAACACAUAACCUGUUGUGAAAUUGCACAAGAGACGAAUCUUUCUGUGGGAACGGUGAACACAAUG